UUCCUGGAUGUGGGGGAGAAGGCCUCCGACUUGGGGGUAAGUCCUGGCAGCCGUGGGAAGAUGCAUCAGCCGGACACUGAGCAGAUAGGUGAGCCCGUGAGCGCUGAGGUGAGGGCUGUGUCCGGUCUGCAAUCUGUGUCUUCCUGUCCUCCUCCUUCAGGUAGUCUGGGUUGGAGGAGGUGGAGCCAUGACCGAGGGGACCGAAGAUGCCGGCUGAGGGAGCAGGCUGGGUGGGGGACACCUUCGGGAGGUUCUGGGCUCCUAGGGUGGACAGUGAAACACUGGCCUGACCAGCUGAUGCCCACUGCCAUGGACAGUCCUGAGGGAGCCCCACUCCCUGACACCGAGCGAGGACAUUGUCGCCCCAACCCAGCCAAUCAGGUUGUACUGUGUGACCCUGAGGCCAUGCCGCAGGGACCGCUGUGCCAGCUUGGGCAGCGUGUGAAGAGAAGCGCAGAGGAGAGAGGAGAGGCAAUCAGGCAGCACCUCUCCUACCCUGCACAUUCUCUUGGCCCAAGCGGUGCCCCUGCCAAAGGCACCUUCCACACCCCUCUCUGCGGCUCCAGCCCAACUGGAAUUCCAGCCUCCUCCAGGAAGUCUUCUCGGAUGCCCUCCUGCCCAGCCAGUGAGCACCGCAUCCUCUUGUGGGUCCCCACAACCCCCUCUACUGUGAACAGCCUUGGCUGUGGGGUAUAGCCAGUCGCUCAGGAAAUCUCAAAUGACUGAAGGUGGAGACUGGGGGAUGCAGCCCUCUCCCCGUUCUCCAGCGGCGUUCUGUGUUCUACCCUUUUCCCCAAAUAUCUCCUCUCAUUGCAUCUGUGCCCGCCCCCUUGGCGUGCCCUCCCUUAAUGCCUUGCCCCCUGCCUGCUGCAUGGGGUUUCCUGGUUGCGUCGGAAGGACUCUGGUCGAGUAGGCAGAGAUCUGGGGGCCCCUGUGCCUGGUACAGCACUGAGGCUUGGGUGGUAAUCUUUUUCUUUUUCCCCAUCACACUCAUUUUUAUUGUGACAAUAAAGCACGUUUCUGCGCGGCCCCAGAUGCCGACAACAGC